AUGAUGGCAAGAAGGAAGAAAUCAACAUUCGACAAGGUAGAGUUUGAUGAGGACCCAACCGAGUUGCCCGAGGAGGUCAAGUAUUUGAGCAAGGAGCUAGACGAAGAAAAAAUCGGGCUUCCCAAUGAACUCAGAUGGGAUGAGGUGGAAGAGGACGAAGACGUCGAAGAUGCCGAGCUCAGUCCUUCUGAAUGGGCGAAAAAGUUUGAGCGUGACGUUGCUAUGUGGGACCAGGAGGAGCAAGGCUACGACGAAGACAGCAUGGCCAAUGUCUCCCCUUCGAAUGUCGAGGACGACCGUUUGUAUGUUGAAUUGCCGGGAUAUGACGCAUCACUGAGUCUUGCGGAAAGUCAAAUUAGCGGUAUUGAAACGAAAAACUCUUCGGACCCGUACAAAUAUUGGGAACAGGGCAUGGCUUAUUCGCCCGAAAUGCUGAACUGGAUGUUGCCUGCGGAAAAGAGGAAACCUUUCAAGAUGGGCGCGACAAAACCUUGGAAAUAUUUUGUGGCUGCCAAUCACGCAGACGUUGUGGAAUUAGCGCUUGAUGUGGAGUUGCUGCGUCUUUUCAUUUCGCCAACUGGACGCAUUCGUCCUCGUCGUUACACGGGCUUGACAGCCAAGCAACAGCGCAGACUGACACAGGCAAUUAAGAUUUCGCGUCAACUUGCUUUAUUACCGUAUAUGUCGCGGUAUCCAGAGCCUACACCUGAGCAGUGGAAGGCCAUUGAUGAAGAAAUAAUUGCUGCUGCUGAAUUAGAGGCGGAUGAUGACGUUGGCGAGGAUGAUGAUGAUGACGACUUUGAUGAAGACUUUGAGUAUGAAUAG